UUGGGCCGGGAACUUGCCCUAAGCAGGAAAUCACUUACAACUCUCUGAAGCCCAGCAUUGUCCAUCUGCGACCGACAAGCGCCAGAGUCGCACUGCCACCACACGGCACCAGCUUCUCGAAGAUGUCUUUUUUGGGUUCAAAUGCGCCGGGCAGCGGAACCCCCGACCAAGCUAUGCGAAAGCAGCAGCUAAUGGACCAAGUCCGGAGAGAAAUGCAAACCCAGCAUGCACAAGCCUUAAUGGAGAAAAUUAAUGAUAAAUGCUUCCAAAAGUGCAUCACAAAGCCUGGAGACUCCUUAUCCACAUGGGAACAGGGUUGCUUGGGUAACUGCAUGGAUCGGUACAUGGAUGCAUUCAAUAUUGUUAGUCGAACCUAUGUCUCGAGAUUAAGUCAGGAGGCUUCCAAUUCCUCGAGUUCUUCGCAACGGAGAGACGACGAGAUCUAGGGCCCCCAGUGCAUUCGUGAGACAGAAUAGACCGGGUCGGACAUUGGCAGAAAUGUUCAAGCCAUUUGUCUCGUCACAAGUAUCCUAAUUUGUUGGUAAUCCCAAUUCGGGUUCGACGCGAAGCAUGCAGACGGUAGCAAAAUGAAAUCUAAUUGUUGCAUAUUUAACAACUCGAG